CGUAUCACAAGGCGGUGGAUGUAUGGUCACGCGAGAUACUACGUCAGGAUGCCGUCACACAAGAUGUCUACAGUGAAUCUCAUCGUCUCCAUCUGUCUGCUCAUUUAUCCCUGUCUCGGCAAACAAUGUGUCGGCAACGGCCCCUGCUCCUGCACCUUCGACGAUGGCAGUGGCACCGUGGACCUCACCAGCCUCGGUAACCAAGACGGAGGCGCCAGAUUUCAAGGGAUAUCAGCGUCCUCCGACAGCUUCCUCUACAACUACAACCCCUGCUUCGCCUUCAGCACUGGCACCUGCACGAACGUCGCCGCAUGUCAGACAACUCCCGAUAUUUCCGAGUCCUACAACUUGGGGGCACAAGAAUCGGCCACGUGGUCCUACGACGGCAACAACAUUCAGGUGUCCUACACCUCCACGACAGACAUACUGAGAAACACUUUCGUGACAGUUGUGUGUGACCCCGACCAAGAAGAGGCCACUUUGACAGCUCAAGGGGAGGCAAACCCGCAGCAGUAUUAUAUGGAAUUAAGAAGCCAGUGCGCAUGUGCAGACGGAUGUUCCGCCUUUGGUCCGGCUGACGAAGGGCUGAGCGGAGGCACGAUACUCCUGAUUUUGGUGAUCGUGUUUGGGUUCAUCUACCUAGUGGUCGGGAUGACCUUCAACCGGUACCGUGGAGGGAAAGAGGGGGUCGAGAUGUUUCCGAACAGGGGAUUCUGGUCGGCCCUGCCGGGCCUGAUCAAGGACGGAGCCAUGUUUACAGUCAGCUGUGUCAAACGCCGCGGCAGCUCGUACGACGAAGUGUAGGAAGAGAUUUCUUUGAGUGUCUACCUUCCAUCACGUGACAGUACCACCUUCCAUCACGUGACAGUAUCACAUACCAUCUUGCGACAAUUACAUCAGAAGGAACGUGGACUGAUCGAUUAUUCAAGACGUUCGAGAGCAGAGUGAUCGUUGAUUCAAAGACUGUACCAAAGAACGAAUGACUGUUUCUGAGUAUUGACGAUAUGAAUCACAUUUGUGUGGACCAGUUUGUCAGGAUCUCAUGCAUUAUGUCUGUAUAAGAGCACAUAAACUUCGUAUUUUUGUUUCGAAAGUAGGUAAUUCCAGUUUUGAUCAUUGUCAUUGCUUCACGGGUUAAUAUGCACCAUGUUCCUACAUCACCCGUAAAUUAAUCCGGUCGCCACGCAUCCCUGGUCAAGUGAGUGUGAGUGAGUGAAUUUAUUUUUAUGCCGCUUUUAGCAAUAUUCCAGCAAUAUCACAGCGGUGGACACCAGAAAUGGGUUUCACACAUUGUACCCAUGUGGGGAAUCGAACACGGGCCUUCGGCGUGACGAGCGAACGCUUUAACCACUAGGCCCAAUGAUGCGAUCCUAAAUCAUACCAAAACAAGUUAAAAGGUGGCACUUGUUGUCGCCAUGCCUCAGCAGAAGGAGGAUACGGGGACUGGUCGGCUCGGAGUCUGAGUGGGGUAGCCAUGUUAUACCACCGCAUCAGUGGGCUGACACUGUAGACCGUCAGCACUUCCUGUCACGAGUUGAUACAGUUAUGUACGGAGAGGAGGUCAUUGACCUCCGUGGGAUGUACACAGCGUCAUUACAACCAUCAUUGUUACAGCGCGUGACGGCCGUAUACAUUCACGGUGAUCGUGGAACGUGGCACAUACUAACAUGUACAAUAAAGUCAGAACUCCA